UAUAAUAUAUGUUAAAAUAAGGAACGUUUGCUAUUCUCUCACGAAGUCAAGAUCCAUUUUUAUGCCGGUUUAUGAAAUACAUACAUACAUACAUAUGUAUGUACAUACCAGCCCUAGUUUUAAUUCUGCUUUCAAAUGGAACUGAAAUCUAUAUAAGCAUAGUAGAGAGUUGAAGUUUUUGAAAUACGAUUAUUCUCGAAUAAAAAACUGCUCAAUUUAAAAAAAACACAAUUAUUUUGUUACAACGAAGCCUAAGCAUGACUGUGAAAAUUGUACAUGUUUAAGUUAUGCUAUUUUUUAAUUUACACAUUUGAAAAGUUUUAUUUUUGGGAAUGGCUAAAAUUAGAAGGUGGAUUUCUCAACGCUCAGAAAUUGCUCUUUGAGAAGAAAUAGCGUCAGUUGUGUUUUUAUGUUUGAUUGGAAGUGCAUGCGAAUAUUCCGGAAGAUUUCGAGUGUUGCGAUAUACAUACAUACAUACAUAUAGGACAUAAAUGCAUAUUUUUUUAUUAUUUAUGGAAGUAUAUGACUGUAAAUAACGGCACACAGCGUCGAUACAAUUGUAUCGCAAUCAGACUGCUUAAAUAACUCAUAGAAACAAGUGAAUUCCUUUGAAGUUCAACACGAUUUGUGGACAAAAAGUAUCAUUGUAUUUGGUUCAGAACUAAAUCCUCCAGAAGUAAUGGCAACGGUAGAGAAACAAUCGUCGGAACAACAUGAGGGCGAUGUCACUUGCUUGGCAUACCACAACAGCCAGCUGUUCUCUGGCGGCGCCGAUGGCAAAAUCAAAAUUUGGGAUAAUGAUUUGAAUCUAAUUAAAUCCGUGGAUGCGCAUGACAGUUACAUAUACGCGAUGGCAAUAAAUUCGAAUAACGGUAAACUAUACUCCAGCAGCUGUGAUGGUUGUGUGAAAUUUCUGGCACCACCUUACGACCAAACGGAGCAGCUUUUCUGCUGCGAGGAUGUCAUCCAAGCGAUGUACUGUGACGGUGAUAUUUUGUAUACGGGUGAUGAGAAGGGGGUCGUUACGAACUGGAUAGAUGAUAAAAUCAAAUUCAAAUAUAAUCUGGUUGAAGAGGUGAAGUCGCUGGGGGCUGAGAAAUCUCUUAUAUAUACAGUUCGAGAUUUGGACGUGGUGGUGUCGGACAUGAUUGCUGGCAAAUCGGGCAAAUACAGCAACAAGGCUGUGUUGCCGGGCAAAUCGCCGUUGGCGCUAGUUGGUCCUGUGAUCGAUGAUAAACGCACUUUCCUUGUGUUCGCCGAUCGUAGUGGGAAAGGAUUGUCUCUCGUGAAGAAUCUGCCACAACAAAAAUUCGAAAGUGUUUGGAAUUUAACGAAUUGCCACGAGUUGAUCAUUCAAGCGAUCUGCGGAGACGAGAACACCGUCUACAGUGGCGGCUAUGACAACAAGGUAAAAGGUUGGACCAAUUUGGAACAGGCGGUACCCACACCUCUUGGCGAAGUAGAAGUCGGCAGUUGUGUGAAUGCGCUGGUGUGUAGCGGGAACAAGCGGGUUUUCAUUGCCACAUCAGAUGGUUUUGUGCGAAGAGCCAAAUUUGUUUAGUUUUAAUAAUAGGGGAACGACUUCUGUUCUAUAAAAAUAAAUUUCACAUUAGAAAAAACAAUUUUACAUUAAAAUUUAAAGGAAACUUAGUCUAAA